AUGUGUUCGAUUGCAAAGAACCAUUAUGAACCUCAAUUUUCCAAUCAUCCUCCCGAUCAUUCAGAAAUUGAAGCUGAAGCAGAAAAUCUUGAUCUUGAAAUUGGAAAUGUUUUGAAAAACAAUCCAUCUCCUUCCAUCAUUAUAAACUAUUUAGACUUGAAACGCUCCAUCUCAUCACUUAAAAAUAAGAAUUCUACUGGUGUGGAUGGCGUUUCAAAUAGAAUUAUCAAAAUUCUCCCAUCGAAUCAUCUAUCCUUUAUCCUGAAAUGUUUCAACAACUUCGCCAAGUCGCUACAAACCCCUCUUCAGUGGCAUACAGCUAAAAUGAUUUUAUUAUCCAAAACAAAAUCACGAAUAAUUCCCAUCGAUGAAACCAGACCAAUUUCACUUUUACCUUGCUUUUCGAAAUUAUUCGAAAAAUGUUUUCUGCUUCAUUUUCGCCGAUGGAUCAAUGAUCAAGGUUUACUCCCGGAUGAACAAAGUGGUUUUCGUCCAGGUCAUAAUAUGGCAGUUAGGUUGGUUGCAAUUGUCGGCCAGAUUGGACAAAGCCUAUCGGAACAUACAGCUGCUGGUGGUCUAUUUGUUGAUUUUCGUACCGCAUUCAAUCAGCUAUGGUUUAAUGGAUUAUGGAUCAAGUUAACAAAAUUAAAUUGUCCCAUGACGCUAAUUUCCUGGUUGCGUCACUAUCUAUGUAAUCGAAAAGCCUUCAUCGAUAUUAAAUCAUCUCAGUCCACUGUGUUCAAUCUAGCUAAAGGAGUCCCACAAGGCAGUGUGGUCGGCCCUGUUUUGUUCAUAGUUUACCAUCACGAUCUCCUUGCAUCGCUGGAAACUAUUCACUGGAAACAUUUAUUUGCCGACGAUUUAUCUAUCUUAUUUUCGCCGGAUUCUUCGUUAGCUCCAUCGAACAUGAUCAGGGAUAUCACUGAACAAAUCAUUAAGGUUCUCAAUCGACUCAUUGAUUAUUCUAAAUCCUGGAAGCAACCGAUAAAUUUCAAUAAAACCCAUUGGAUGUUAUUCAACAGACAAGUUGCUCCAAAGUUACCAGAAAUUGUUUGUCAGGGUCACCUUAUCAAUCAUGUCAAUAGAUUUAAAUAUCUAGGCACCUUUCUUAACGAGAAACUUUCAUUCAAUCCGCAUAUUGAUUACAUCAAAUCAAAAAUCAACUCAAACCUGAAAAUAUUCAAACGGUUAUCAUCGACCAGAAUGACUUGUGAAAAAAUUAAUUUCAAAUUGUUCAAUGCAUACAUCCGCCCCUAUUACCAAUCGCUUCUCAAUGUCUAUCCAAUUUUAUCGGACGGGAAGAAAGGUCAAUUAGAAGGUCUAAAUCGUAAAAUCUUUCGAAUUAUCCACAACUGGCAUGGCGCCAGAAAUAUUGAAGUUACGAAUUUGAACAAAUACCGAUCAAUAGCCGAACUUACUGCAGCACAUUGGAAUAAACUCAUAGACACAAUUAUUAGAACAAAUCCUAGUGUUAUUCAAGAUUAUUUACAACACAAAAUGUCAAUUCUAUACAUCUACGAAUAUGUAAACAAUCCAGCACUAGCGAUGGAAAGAAAAGCUGUCUUUGAAAGAGGUAGAAUCCGCUAA